ACGGCACCACAAAGCUCCAUUUUCUGUGAAAAAGGAGUUAAAAUAGCCGCUAAAAACUAUCAGCUUUUGGAACCUGUUGCCAAGCUUCUAAAUGAUACUCUGCUGGAAGUCAUUGGGUUGUCCAGCAGAAUUCCGCUCCCGCUCAAAAGGAUAGGUCAACUCAGCACUGGCUGUAAAAGAACAUAUCUGCCCCGGAUUGGAAGCCGUUAA